AUGAAACUUGACGCUACUGAUCUGCGUUAUGUCUCUUCAGAUGAAUUUAGGGUACUCACAGCGGUUGAAAUGGGCUCGAAGAAUCAUGAAGUCGUGCCAACUGUCCUAAUUUCCAAGAUCGCGGGUUUACGGAGUGGAGGUGUCAACAAGAUUCUUGGAUCUCUUGCCAAGCGGAACCUAAUUGCAAGAGUCCAGAAUGCAAAGUAUGACGGCUAUAGGUUGACCUAUGGCGGAUAUGAUUAUCUUGCUAUGCGAGCACUGUCCAAAAGAGAUUCCAUGUACUCUGUCGGAAAUCAGAUCGGGGUCGGGAAGGAGUCUGAUAUAUACGUAGUGGCAGAUGAAGAAGGGAAACAAAUGGUGAUGAAGAUUCAUCGUAGAUUAGGACGCAUUUCGUUCCGUGCGAUCAAGCAGAAGCGAGAUUACAUGGGAAAGCGAAAGUCUGCAUCGUGGAUGUAUAUGUCAAGACUCGCCGCUCAGAAAGAAUGGGCGUUCAUGAAAGUCUUGCACGAGCACGGGUUUCCCGUACCAACUCCGAUAGAUCAAGCUAGACAUUGCAUAGUCAUGGAGUACAUCGAUGCUUUCCCAUUACGACAAAUAGCUGAACUACCUUCACCGGGAAAACUUUACUCUCAGCUUAUGGACCUCAUAGUCCGCCUGGCUCAUGCCGGUCUGAUACACGGAGACUACAACGAGUUUAACAUUCUAAUUCACCGCGUUACCGGAGAACCAGUUGUUAUUGACUUUCCCCAGAUGGUGAGCACAUCACAUGAGAACGCUGAAUGGUAUUUCAAUCGGGAUGUCGAAUGUAUUCGACGGUUCUUCCGCCGACGGUUCCGAUAUGAAAGUGUGUUAUAUCCGCGCUUUAAGGCGGUCGUGAAGGAAGGUGAAGAAAAAGGGGAGAGCUUCCGAUUGGAUGUUGUCGUGUCUGCUAGCGGGUUUAGUAAAAAGGAAAUGAAAACUCUGGAAGAGGUCUGUAUUGUUUUUUUCAAGCGAUUUAUUAUGCGAUAUUGA